CACCACCAUCCGCUUUUGGAGGCUCUUGUUCCAGAUCCCCGAUGAGGAGUGCGUUACAGUAGUCAAUGCUCAUAAAAUCCUCCCUGUUUGCUUGUUGGGACACGACUAGACCUGGGCUCCUUUCUCACUGGCAUCAGAGGAAUCCUUUUCAGAGCAGACAGCAGGUGUAUGAGGCAGUGACGGAAAAAACCAGCCUCUGCAAAACUUCAAGAGAUUAAAGACACUGCAGACUUACUGACUGAGGAAAUGGAGUUGACGACUUUGCUUCUGCUGACCCUCCUGGGGCUUUCACUCGUCGAGCCAGGGUUUGGACAGAGAGGUGACGGAAAUACAAGUGAGUGGCUGACCGCCAAAGAGGAAUUACUUAAAAAGUUGGAGGACAAAUUGAAAGAUGUGGAAAGAUGGCAGAGUGAUGUCGAAGCUUUAGAGGCCAGGCUCAACGCGACUGUGGACGAGCUGAGGGGACAGAAAGCUGAAGUGGAAAAGCUGAACGAAGAGAACGAAGGCCUGAAAACGAGACUGAAUGCCACAGAGAAGGAGAUUGACGGGCUCAAACGGGAUAGUGGGGCUCCCCGGGUCGCAUUCUCCGCCUCUUUGUCAAACUUUGGAGAGAUUUACAGAGGACCCUGCACAGACAAGACUCUGAUUUUCAAAAGAAUCUUCUCGAACGUUGGCGAUGGUUAUGACGAAAGUACAGGAGUCUUCACAGCACCAGUGGACGGCCUCUACUACUUCAGCUUCAGCACCUAUGGCUACAACACUCAUGUAAUGGGGGCAAUGUUGAUCAAAAAUGGCAUCCGGCAAAUUUCAACAUACGAUUUCCCUUCAGUUGACGGCUCUGACAGUAGCAGUAACUCGGUUGUUCUGCAAUUGGCUGCUGGUGAUAAGCUGCACAUGGAGCUGUGGGAUGAUGGCAGAGUGUUCGACAACCUCAAUGGACACACAACACUCAGCGGGUUCCUUGUGUUUCCUUCCUAGAAAUAAAGAAU